AUGGCUUCAAGGCGAUCUCCAACUCAGGAGCCGGAAUUUCUGAGUGGACGGCAGUUUAAAUUGAUAUCCGUUAACCUAAAGGAGGCAGUUCUUGACUCCCCAAGUUUCAGAGCCUCCGUCAACCAUCUUGAUAUCCAACUUGACAACAUUGAGAAAUGGGUGGAUGCCGUUCAUCAAUCGAUUGAGAAGGUUCCUCGGUACGUGAAGGACUUGGAACUUUAUCUUAACUCGUUUGUAGAGCACUUGUCUUCCUCCUUUUUAGCUGAUGGGUUAAUCAACCAGGAGUACACCGUCCAGGCCCUUCACACAAGUGUUAGUGCCUUAAAAGACAUAUACAAGCAAAGUAUCGUCAAUUUGACUAUGAGUCCUCAGCUUACAGAGGACUUCAGAGCAACCACUUCCAAACGAAUAGCUGAGUACAGAGAGAUCCGUAAACGGUUUGCUGCUUCUCAGGAGAAGUAUGACAUGUAUUUAAAUACCUAUGCCGCGCACCCUAAGGUUAUGGACCCUACACAAGUGUAUGAGGAUGCUCAACAUUUGUAUCAAGUACGGAAGGAAUAUAUCCAUAACUCCUUGGACUUGAUAGUGGAGUUGGCUUCUAUAAGUGCUGUUCUUGAUAAGCUGGUGAUCAAACUUAUCAAUAAGAUAUGGAAGAAGAAAUUACCCAAGAACAAAAGUCUUCUGAUAGCCUCAGGUAGUGCUUCUGAAAUUUGGGAAAAGGUUCUGCAAUAUAAUAGUUGGAAUGCAGCCUAUUCCAGUGCCUUUAAUAAGUUGUCUGCCGAUCUGUUAUCAGCAAGAGUUCAAGUAGAAGAAUCCACUGCUCUUCAAUUGAAACCUUCAAGUAAUAUCAACGACUAUAAGCCUUCAUCUAUAAACAAAUGUGUUCUUGAAGAGAUAAACGAACCAGAAUGUGUUAAACAUGGCUACUUGUUUAUGAAAACUUGGAUGGAUAAGUCAAAUAAGCCUAUUUGGGUUCGAAGAUGGGUCUUUGUUAAGAAUGGGGUAUUUGGAUUGCUUGUUUUAAGUCCGUCCAAAACAUUUGUUCAAGAAACUGAUAAAAUAGGUGUCUUGCUAACCAAUGUAAGAUACGCACCUAAUGAAGAAAGGAGAUUUUGCUUUGAGAUCAAAACAAUGGAUUUGACAUUGGUAUUCCAGGCUGAAACAUUACAUGAAUUGAAGUCUUGGUUGAAAGUUUUUCAGAAUGAACAACAAAGAGUCAUUGAUGGUAAACCUGAAAAUGAAGCUCUCUACAAUUUGGCUUCAGGAAGAUAUCCACCCCUUGUAACUGAGUUUGCAAAUAAGAACUUAACAAUUAUGGAUCGUGCUUUAACAAAUACAAAAAUCACCAAUAAUUCUGGACUUGUGAUUGUAUCAACAAACUUAUCCACAAGAAUUGAAAAGAGUCUUAAGUUUUUUCUGAAAUACAUGUACAUUCAAAUCCCAACUAUAAGACCUCCGUUUGUCACUGAUCAAACCAAAUCGUCCAUCAUAUCUUAUAGCAUUACUGCCGCGUCAACAGUGCCAACAGCACUCUCUGCAAAUGUAUGGGGGACAAUAAACUGGGGUUUACAAUACAUUCAUGACGUUACGAAUUCUGAUGAUGAAAUAUCCGUCAAGGGUUUUUUCCCUAGUAGCUCCGAUUCUUUCUCCGAUAUGUACCCUUCAUAUUAUCCCAAGGAAUUGGUUCCUUUGGAUAUUCAGAUGAAAGCGCUUUUUGAAACGGCCGUUGAACCUGGUGAUCUUUGUUUGAUUUCUUUCAAAUGCUUCUGGUCACCCAAUUCAAGACAAGAAUUAUGUGGUAGAGCAUUUGUAACUGCAAACCACAUUUAUUUCUACAUGCAAAUCAUGGGCUUCGUUGCCUUAGUUAAAUCGCCGAUGUCUCAUAAUAUAUCUGCUGAUUAUUCUAUACACAAAGAUUACCAAUCAUUACGAAUCUAUACAGUUGAUGGUAACUUCAGAAUGAAGCUUUAUUUGGAGGAAACUAAGUUGAUUAAAGAUAAAUUUGUCUUUUUGGUACACAAUGUUGCCAGUGAUAAACCUAAGCAAUUACAGGAGAUCAUUGAGCAUUUUACAACGCUAGAAAUAGACUACAAAAAGCAAAAGGAACAAGCAAAAAAAGCAAAGGCACUCUAUGAACUCGGCGAUUUACCAACAGAUGACAAAGUUAAUCCUUCAACAUUUAUAAAAGCAAGUACUAAUGAACAGAAAUCUUUUAAAGUUGAUUUCACCGAUCUGUACCAAAAGAUUAUUGAUAGCGAAUUUGAUGUUCCUCCUAAGGUACUUUUGCAUGCUUUUCUUGGUGACUACUCAGUAUUGAAAAGGUCUGCGUUUUCAUUCAUGUCGCUUGAGCGCUUCAGCAACAAACCAUGGCAUACGGACAAAGAUGGUAAGCUUGUUAGAAGCUUUACCACCAGAGUUCGUACCACAUCAACAGAAGGUGAAAUUAAAGGUGUACAGAAGAUUGAUGAAUUUGUUGAUGAUGAAUACUAUACCUUCACCCAUGAAGCUAGUCUUUUUGAAUUAUUCAUCGGUUCCAAAUUCGUGGUUGAGUAUCAAUUUGUUUUAGUUCGGUCAACAAGAGCAAAGACAAGAUUGGUUGUAUAUUGCAACAUCAAAUUUCUAGGAAACCUGAUUUUUAAUUUGUUAACAAAGAAUUUUGUCUGUGGUAUAUUGAAAAUGGAAGCCCUGGACACUACACCAUUAUUCAAUAGGAUUGUUAGUGACGUUGGAACACAUGGCAUGGCAGUGAAAGCAAUUUAUUUAUAUGGGAAAUUAAGUAAAACCGAUGAACCUGUUGAAGACAAUCAAGAACCACCCCCUGUCUUUUACUUUGGUUCUUACUAUAUUUUCAUUCAUUUGUUCCGGUCAUUUUUGAUUUACUCCAUUACUGUGCUAAAGAAGGUUGUUAUCGACGGAGUUCAAACCCUUUAUCACAAUAUCAAUAAGCUAUUGAUCUUAGUGAUAAUUAUAUUGGAGCUUUACAAUAUGUGGUUAACAAAAACCUCUAUAGUUUCUUAUUGGGCAAUGAGACAAGCUAAAGGGGUUGUUGAUUCGUAUUUAAGUGAAGCACCAACUAUAAUCCACAAGGCUGUACAUCUUCAAGAUAUUGUUGAACCCAUGAAGGUUAACUUGUCUAGUUCGUCAGUAUAUCGAGAAUUCUACUCCAAGUCAUUGAUUCUCUCGGACGGACUCUUAGACGAAGAUUACGGAGAUCUUUCGACCAGAAACAUUGCUCGAUCUUUACGGUCUUCUUAUGAUGAUAUUGCUGUUGAAAGAUACGCACUUAUGGUUAAACUACGUAUGCUAAACCAGUUGGAAUCGGAGUUGGUUAAAGCUGAGUGGGAGAACUGGAUUCGUGGAGAACACAAUCGAUGUCAAUCAUUUAGAGAAUCUAUUGUGGCCAAGGUUCCGUCGGAAGACCUUGCGGCAUCACAUUCUUCACUCUCUGAACUCAUCAACUAUUGUGAUGUUUGUGCUGAAGAGUUCAAAGAAAUGAACCUUGUGUAG